CGGCCUCUGCCUCCGAUCGCCCUCGUGCCUCCCUGUCCCCAAUCCACCCUUCGAACAGGAAGCACAACCAUGGCCACCCCAGACAGCAGCCUACUGCCCAGCCCUCUCUCGCGGGAGCGGGGCUCGUCGUUUUCCCUGACCACCCCGAUCAUCUAUGAAGUCAACCUGUCGGUGCCCAAGCAGCUCUCUUCCGGUUAUAUUGAAUACCUCCGUGCCUUUACCAAGGAGACCUGCAGCACCGUCGACGGCUUCACCAGCGCACAAGUGUUUUCCCAGCCCAAGCCAGUUGGUCUCCAUUGGCUCAGUGAAGAGGGCGAUGCCAAGGCUUACUACACCGUCCACUACCAUGUCGAAUCCCAAGAACACCUCGACAGAUACCUCCAGCUCCACCAGCAGGGGCCAUGCAACGUUCCGUCGACAUUACCAACUCCGCCUUCGUUGCGUCCGUUGCGUCGGGGACCUACGGCACGGAUAACCGGGGCAUUCCGCUUCGAUCGAUGUGACCCGUUCAACUGGGGGGGGGGGCUUUCGCGACAGCAUUGCCCAAGCCGGACAGAAGGACUGGCAGUUCCUGGUGACCUCCAGAAGGAUUUUGCGGCUGCAGCAUACCACCGACGAGUGAACAUCGCUUGUCGUGAUCUUGAUCUGCGACUCGUGAGCCUUGUCCUCGUUCGAGCAGCUCUCUAGUAUCCCUGUUAGUUCUCACUCGCGCUGCGAGCGUGCAGACAGCCCCAACAACUCCAUGUCGGGGCCAAUGGGGUUCCAGGAGCUUGAUUCCAUUUGGCCGAUUUGUUCUUGUCUCUGCUGUUUAGUGUGUUCAUUAUGUCUUGGUCUUCACGACGAGAAUAUCGGCGCAGCUGGGUCAAGGCCACAAUCAACAUGAGUACUACCA